UAAUCUCACCACUGUUUGGGGCGGUGUGGCAGCAGAAACAGAAUUCAGAGUUUUUUUUGUUCGGCGGCUCAGCGGGGUGCUGCUCGUCACAAGCCCGGCGGUUUUGCUUUCGCUUGCGGGGGACUUUUUCCAGCUUGGCCUGCCUCUUCCUGGUGCUCAUGGAUAUCUUUUAUCAACCGACGAGGCAGUGAGCCAGUGUUUGAUACAGAAUGGUACUACGGAAACGGCUAAAAACAGUGCCUUUGUAGUGGGAGUGUUCAUGCUACCGGUGCCUUGUAGCUGCAGUUAAAGUUAGCUUAGGUUAGCGGAUGCUAGGCCCUUCUUUUUUCCUUUUUUUUUCAGUACAGUUUGUUUUAUUCCUCCCUUCGUAAAGUUGUUUUGUUAGCCUUGCUUCCUGCUGUAAAAGAAGACAAACAUGAAGAGGGUUAACAGCUUCCAGAGGUUCAUGAACAGACGGGCCUCUGCUAACUGCCGCUACCAGCCCACCUGCUAUGAGCAUGCUGCAAACUGCUACACUCAUGCGCUCCUCAUCGCGCCGGCCUUCGUGGGCAUGGCGCUGCUGCAUCGACUGUCAGAUAACGGCUGGGAGAGAAUCACUGCCAUGAUUUAUGGCAUGAGCCUGUGCGCACUCUUCCUCGUCUCCACUGUGUUUCACAUCAUCACCUGGAAGAAGAGCCACAUGAGGUCUAUGGAGCAGUGUUUACACAUGUGCGACAGAGUGGCCAUCUACUUCUUCAUUGCUGCCUCCUACACACCUUGGUUGAAUCUGCGUGAGCUGGGCCCUCUGGCAGCUCACAUGCGCUGGUUCGUUUGGCUCAUGGCUGCCGCUGGGACCAUUUAUGUCUUCAACUACCACGAGAAGUAUAAGCUGGUGGAGCUGGCCUUCUAUCUGACGAUGGGGUUCUUCCCUGCAUCAGUCGUGACGUCAAUGAGUAACACCGAGGGCCUCCAGGAGCUGGCCUGUGGCGGACUCAUCUACUGCCUCGGCGUUUUCUUCUUUAAAAGCGACGGCGUCAUCCCCUUCGCCCACGCCAUCUGGCAUGUGUUCGUGGCGCUGGCUGCAGCCGUGCACUACUACGCCAUCUGGAAAUACCUCUACAAGGCCCCCAGCGCCGACGCCCUCCUCAAGUCAUGAUCCACGACCUGCACACCACCCGACCGACCGACCCCCCUCCCCCGACCCGCCCACUGACGCUGCAACGACAGCCACUAAGUUUACGAAACAACGACCAGGAAUUGUUUACCGUUUUCUAACCUGCAGGAGAACAUGUUUGUCUAACAGAAGCUUCUUUAAAAGCUGUUUUCUAAAAGUCACAGCGACGCGUUCAGGAGUAUUUGAGAAAUUUGAUAGCAGUCUUUUUGUAUCACUUGAAGUCAAACACAUUCCAUGUUGGGGUCGCUUGUGUUUCCAAACCUGGAGAUCCAUUCAUUUCAGACUGUGAAUUAAACACUGGGGUGGAGUAAGGGCUGCUGGGUAGCUGGGUGUCAUUGAAACAGAUUUGUAAUAUUUUUGAUAUUUUUUGCUUUAAAAGAAAUAAAUAAAAGUGUUCUCUACUAAAUACUUUCGGUCAGAAAAGAAACCAAAGAUCCCAGAAGCCCCCUGAAGAGGCUUCACCUGAGUGAGGAAAAUGUUAGAAUUGACCGAAGUGUCAUUUAAAAGAAAAUAAUUUGUGGAUUCUGAACGUGUAAACUCUUGAACCCAAAGAGUGUCACAGUUUGAUUCUCAGUCUGUAUCAGUUUGAAGCACUUAAAAACCGGCAGAAACGAAGGAAAUGAUGAAAGAGUGCAACAAAGUGUGGUGAUUUGUUGUUCCUUAUUUUUAUGUUGUAAAUAUAUAUUUUUUUUACAGUGAUUCUAACAGAAACCCAUCUCUAUGGAAGCCUGUUUCUGCCAGUUCAAAAUUAAAAUUUAGAAUUUAAAAAAUUAGUCAUAAUAAUGAGAUACCAAGUCAUAAUAAUGAGAUACCAAGUCAUCUCUUUUUUUUAACUUUUUCCUAAUUUUUUUUUUUUUUUUUUUUUUCUUAAGCUGACCAAAAUGGGCUUCCAUACAUCUCUGACAACAAACAAACAUUUCUUUCUUUCUUUUUUUUCUUUUUUUUAAAGCUACUUCCUGAAAAGUUUUCAUAUGUAGUCCUGUAUGAAGAUUAUCAGGGCCAGGCAUGAGGAAAAAAUAACUUUGAAAAAAAAAAAAAAAUGCUGAAUUUUUUAACAAGAUUAUUUCUAAUAUUAUCAAUUUUUGGGAAUUUUUAAAAAAAAAAUCAACACUGAAAAAAACACAGGAAAGGUUUAUUUUUGAUGUUUUUUUCACUGAAAAUAAAUGAAAAUAUGGUUAUCGUCAAAAUGUUAAAUUUGGUUUUGGACAUAAUAAUAUAGCCCACAAUUUGUUAUUGUUACAGGACUUAAAGUGAAAAGAAGACAUAUUUAGAACCAAACUUCCCCUCAAAUUUCGGUGAAUAAAGUUCAAAUUAACAUUUUAAAAAUUGGGUCACCGUUGGCCGAGCGGUCUAAGCGCGCGCCUCAUAUACAGAGGCCACGUCAUCCCCCACCCUCCACUCCCCACACUCCCCGCCCCUCCUCGGCUGUCCCAUCAAAUAAAGGCAAAAUUAAAAAAAACAUUUCAAGUUGAUCCUCUAAUUAUUUUCCCCUUUGGCUCCUUAUCUCCAAUCUUCAAUUUUCUUUUCCUCCUCCCUGGCCUUGAUACUCUUCCUCAGUCCUAAUUUUUUGUCUCCUCUGUCAGCCCUGAGCGCCCCCUGCUGGCGGCCUGCUGUAAACACACUCGCAGCAUUCAGGGUAUUCUGCUCUGAUUUUCCUGAAUGAGCCAAACGAGAGAAAGUUGGCUGAUGAACUUUUCCACUUUCUUAUUACUGUGAACAAUGUGCAGUAUAGUGUGCGUGUGUGUAUGCAUGACCUUUGACCUCUGUAGUCCUGUAUUACAUUUCCAUUCACACCACUAUAACGAGCAGUGUUUUGUAAAUGUGCUGGACGGCUCCUCCUGACAUUCCUUCUGAAUCAACACAUUGACUUUGUUUUUCUUUAACCACUCUGUUCAGUAAUGAUUGUAAAUAUUGUUUUUUUUUUUCCUUAUUUGUUGUGUUGAUUUUAUGAUCCUGGCCUUUAGCAGGAAGAAAGAACUGCUUCUCAUUUGUCCCCAUUGGUUGUUAAUGGUGCUGCAUAUACAUGAAUGCUCCUCCAUGAUCAUACUGAAUUCCACCUUUCUAUAAUGUGACAAUAAAACAUGAUAAUGCCCCAAAAA